GCGGCCCUCAGGAGCUCUGGUCUCUUGGAGGCGCUGCCGUAUCCUUCCCGUCUCGGCUGCGGGAUGGAGCUGUGCGCUGGGAGGCAAAGCCCAGCAGGAGCCUCGAGCGGUCUGGCGGCUGCAGUCGUCCCUCUUCGGUGUCCCUAGUGAAAGCUGAUGAAGCCGCGGGCUCUGCUACGGAGCCCUGGCCGGGCUAGUGCAGGCUCUGCUUGUUUUAAGAAUGCCUUAGAACAUGCUUCUUUUGCAAGCCCGUUGGAUGAUGGCCUUCACUCCAAGCAUUGAGCUUCGGUAUCAUGUUUAAUACUGGAAUUGGCCAGCACAUCCUGAAAAAUCCCCUCAUUGUUAACAGCAUUAUAGAGAAGGCUGCCUUACGGCCCACCGAUGUUGUUCUUGAAGUAGGACCUGGAACUGGUAACCUGACAGUAAAAAUGCUAGAGAAAGUAAAAAAGGUAAUUGCCUGUGAACUUGACCCACGACUUGUGGGUGAACUUCAGAAGAGAGUCCAGGGCACAUGCAUAGCAAACAAACUAGAAAUAAAGGUUGGAGAUGUGUUGAAAACUGACUUACCGUUCUUUGAUACAUGUGUAGCUAACUUGCCUUAUCAGAUUUCUUCACCUUUUGUUUUCAAGCUGUUGCUGCAUAGACCCUUUUUCAGGUGUGCAAUACUUAUGUUUCAGAGAGAAUUUGCUCUUCGUUUGGUUGCUAAACCAGGGAAUAAACUAUACUGCAGACUCUCAAUUAACACUCAGUUAUUAGCCCGUGUGGAUCAUCUAAUGAAAGUUGGAAAGAAUAAUUUCAGGCCUCCACCCAAAGUUGAAUCCAGUGUUGUCAGAAUAGAGCCAAAGAACCCUCCACCACCUAUUAAUUUUCAGGAAUGGGAUGGUCUAGUAAGGAUAGCCUUUGUCAGGAAAAACAAGACACUCUCUGCAGCAUUUAAAUCAAGUGCAGUACAGCAGCUGCUGGAUCAGAAUUAUCGAAUUCACUGUUCUAUACAUAAUAUUGAAAUACCAGAAAACUUCAGAAUUGCAGAGAAAAUACAGAUGGUUCUAAAAAAUACAGGUUUCUCAGAAAAACGGGCGCGCUCAAUGGAUAUAGAUGACUUCAUUAGAGUGCUGCAUGGCUUCAAUUCAGAAGGCAUCCACUUUUCAUAAAUGGCUGAACAGGGAACACUUUACAUUCUCUGAGGAGAACUGAAAUGUGACAUCAACAAGGUCAUAGGAGGAAGAACUCUCAUUGAGAGCAAUCACCAGCAGAUAAAGUAUAUAUGACUAUUUUGCAAUACCUGCUCAGAAGUACUUAUUUGAGGACAAUAGCUGUAAAAGUACUGUGUAGCAUUUUAAAAUUGUAACUGUCCAGACUAAAGCUAUGUACCUUUUUUCCCCAUUAGAGCACCUUUUAAGUGUACCCUGUGAUAUGAAAUGGCUCCAAAAGCCCCAAAUUAAACCCUUCCCUCCCUGACUUUGCAUCUUCUCCUGCCAUUACAACAUUCAGAAUGGAACUCAAACCUCUGUUUGGCCACCCCAGAACUAUUUGUAGACUGGUGGCCUAAUGCCAAUUCAUGGGAGUUUAGAAUAAAUUAACUUUUUAAAAAAAAGAUGAAGUGUGUAUCUCCAUCUUUCCUUUCUGGUAGCUAGCACAGGACCUGGACUAUGGGAGAAAUUGCAGCUAGAAUGAGCAGAUCACCACUGUAUACGUUCUAGAUCAGGGGUAGGCAACCUGCAGUAUGCAAGCUGAUUAUCAGUGGCACUUAAUUAAAGCUGCUUAAACAUUUUAAAAGCCAUAUUUACUUUAAUACAAUCAUUCAGUUAUGCGUUAUAGACUUAUGGAAAGAGACCUUCUAAAAAUGUUAAUGUAUUACUGGCACACAAACCUUAAAUUAGAGUGAAUAAACAAAGACUCAACACACCACUUCUGAAAGGUUACUGACCCCUGCUCUAGUUGUAGAGGGAGGGGCAGUUAACACUCUUAGGCAUGUUGUCUGUGCAACCUGAUAGCAAGAGAAUGGUAGGCUUCAAAAAAGACAGAACAGUUCUUUUGCCUGGUACAGUCCUCUUAAAUAUCCAAACUUGUUUUCAGCUGCAGUUACAUCUGUUACUGCUAGACCCUGAAUUGCAUUCAGAGGCAGCUAAGAGUAUACUACCAUUUUCACAUAAAAAUCUUCAGUAACAAUGCAGUUUGACAUUAUACAGUGCCUUUAAACUUUCUUAAACUGCCUUAACCAUACUGUACACUUACUUCAGUACACCAUCUGUUAUAGACCUCAAAGUCCUUUAUAGGGCUGGGUAAGCAGUAUUCUCUUAUUUCACAGAUUGUAACUGAGCACAGGUUAAAUGUCAGUGGCAGACCUGGAAACAGAUCACCACACUGUCCAUACCGCUUUCUUAUACAAAUAACCCUAGGAUGUGCAGUAACGGCACUGGCUUUUCACUAAAAACUGCAUACAUUAAAAACUAUAACCUGUCUAUAUCUAGUCUCAAUAGAGAUCCAUAUACUUAAAUAUUUAUCUCAAUUUUAGGCAGUUGUACAGUACUGAAGAUUGCUAUAUAUCAGAUAUUACCAGGUUACUAUUCCAGGCAAGCAGGAGAGGCUGUUUCUUGUAUAAUUUUCCCCCUUGCAUCUCACUUUACAUUUUUAACAUUGAAUAUAGGCAGUAAACUUCUGUUAUAAUGCUAGCUGCAUUAUUUCAUUUUUGUUAAAUAUGAAAAUACCUUUUGUAAGUUUCAUUAACAUUUCCUAGUUCUAAAACUGAAUCUUUGCUCAUAGUUUGAAUUAUAGGUUAUAGGCAACAGGGUCACACCAUUAAGUAGCAGCUAAAGACAGAGUAAAUGCUCUUGUGCUAAUUGCCCAUGCUUAGAGGAGUGGUAGGCAAAGCUAGAUCAGCCUAGGUACACAGAUUCUAUAACACAACACCCUUUUCCCCCUGCCAAUGAGUUGGUCAGGACUGCCCAGAGGAUUCAGGGAGUCGGGGGCAAAGCAAUUUAAGGGGCCCCUUCCAUUAAAAAAAAAGUUGCAAUACAAUAGAAUAUUAUAUUCUCGUGGGGGCCCCUGCAGGGCCUGGGGCAAAUUGCCCACUUGCCCCCCCCGGCCAGCUCUGGAGUUGGUUGAUGGUCUUAAGUGCAAAAUCUGUAAAUGCAACAGCUGGUGGUGGUCUUCAGGCCUGGAACAGUGUUGGUACACAGCAUCUUACAAGGAACAAGCAUGUCUCACUCUAUCAUAAGGUUAAGUAAGUAAGUAUUGCUUCAGAGUCUGGACAAGGAGAGCCUCUAUUCACCUUAGGCUAACAUGACAGCCCUCUUCUCCCAGCAUGCAGAAAAUAAGCAAUCUAUACAAAACUAGCAAACCCUGGCUUGACAGACCAAUCUGCAGCCAGUAGCUGACUGGAAUAGCAGCAGCACUGGUCCCAUUUAUUUUUUUGGUGGGGUGGGAGAGGGGGAAAUGUCAGUAAAAACUAAGGUUUUACCUCAGACACGUUGGUAGGAUUUAGACUCUAUUCUCUAACUUCCCUCUAUGCAAGCUAAGACAAUUAGCCUUAAUUGGUGUGGUAUCCUACUCUUUUAAAACCUCAGAUCAGCAAGUGUCCUGAUUUCCUUCUAUAAACAUCCACUUGAAGUCGGCUUAAGCGUAUCACCUUUUGGAGAAUGAGUUUACCACAUAAAGAUAACAUCACUGGCUGUCCAUUAUAGCAGAAUGUUCCGAAGAAGCUACUCUCCCUAAAGUGGAAAUAUGUAAGUGAUCAUACUUCUUUCCUUUCCAUUAACUCACAUGACUUCUUCUGUGAUGUGAGGCAUAGUAUGGGAGGCAAGAACUAGGCAGUGAAAUAUGUAGCUAAGAAUAAUCUCUCAUCAGCAGUGAUGAAAGUAAAAUGUAUUUUACACGAUUAUUUUAAAAAUUGGACAUUGAUAGGAGCAGGCAUAUCUAAAAUACAGCAGAUUCAUACUUAAACUAGCUGCACAAUUUCUCAUGAAAUCUGAAUAGCAUCUACCAUUCUUAAUUGCAGUUUGAUGCAAUAAUCCAUAAUGAAUCACAUUUAGAUUACACAUUUCAAAGGAUCUUGAAGCACUGUAUGUAUCACAAAACUCUUCAGAGGUAGACAAAAAGGUUGUGACUUGCUAAAGGAACGCCACCCACAUUAUCUUGACUUGUAUAUAAAUCUUCUAUAUGAUAUGGCUCAAACCUUGAGGAAAGUGAGAUUUAGACUUAUCAAUUCAGAUCAUUUUAAUUAAAGCUUUUGAUUUAAGCAGCAGGGAAUGCUUUUAACCUGCAUCAUCAGUUACUAUGAACAGAAACACUUUUGCUAGUUUUACUUAGUUAUUUAAUAGUUUCCUCUUAAUUUUUUUUGAUGGAUUGCAUUCUUAGAUGAAUGCAGUGAAAGAUCAGUACAUUUUGAUAUAGCUGUUUAAGGACUGAAGUCUGAAACAAUUUGAGCCUGUACAGGAUGGUUAUUACACUAAAACAAACACCCACUCUCGCACCAUGUGCCUUUUAAGUAUGAUUUUUUUUUUAAAUCUCAUACAUCUAAUUUCAGUAGAUGUGAUCACAAGGUAAACUCCUUCCCAAAGUAAAUGCAAGUUUCAUAGAAGUAAAUUCUCAUCUCUAAUUGAUGUUUCAUUGUUUAAUUUAUUAAACACAUUAUGUAAAAUCUACAUUGCUUUUUCAGCUUUCAUGUUUACAGAUAGGAGCUUUUUA